AGCUGCAGCAGAGCGGGAGGAUCAUGUGGACGUUUGGGCGCCGCGCGGCUGCGGGCCUCCUGCCCCGCUCGGCGCCCCCGGGCUCUGCCCAGGCCCGCGCCGGGGCCCCGUGGCCGACGAAAGAUCCCCCGCCUUACGGCGGCCGGGGCCUGCGCACCGGGACCGCCGCAGCCAGAGCACGCAACAACUCGAGUGUGGGCCUCCGCUGCCUCAACCAGAUCCUGAAUGUCAAAAAGCAGAGUGUCUGUCUGAUGAAUUUGAGGACAGCGGGAACUGUGAGCAACCCUGGCUCCCUGGACGAUACCACCUAUGAAAGACUGGCAGAGGAGACGCUGGACUCCUUAGCAGAGUUUUUUGAAGACCUUGCAGACAAGCCUUACACAUUAGAAGACUAUGACGUCUCCUUUGGGAGUGGUGUUUUGACAGUUAAACUGGGUGGGGAUCUAGGAACCUACGUGAUCAACAAGCAGACCCCAAACAAGCAGAUCUGGUUAUCCUCGCCAUCCAGUGGCCCCAAGCGUUACGACUGGACCGGGAAAAACUGGGUGUACUCCCACGACGGUGUGUCCCUCCACGAGCUGCUGGCCAGGGAGCUGACUCAAGCCCUGAAAACCAAACUGGACUUAUCUUCUCUGGCUUACUCUGGAAAAGACACUUGCUGCCCAGCCCAGUUCUAAAGACAUUAAAAGCGCUAAAGCCAGGACCUCAGCUUUGCUCCAUGGCUGAAUGGCUAGUUUUUUCCAUUCCUGAUUUUGAGGACAGUUGCAUUGUGUGUAACGGGCUUUGUUAAGAGACUGUGGCCUCCCAGCCUGCCCCAAGUUCAGAUUUUUAAUUUCCAUAGAGUCUUUUUGGAUUUACUGUUGAUUUCCUCCCUCAUGUGAUAUUCCUUAUCAUCUGAUGUGUCUGUAUGCCUGUACCUCUAUAAAUAAGCUCACAACAGAGAAAGAAGGACAGAUUCCAGGAGAAAUGAAUCGUCUCCACUGUUCAUUCUUUGAAGGAGAGCUGCUGGCCUACCUCACCGUCCUGUCUCAAAAUGACUCACUAACGCACAGUCUAAAAAGUUCCUCCAUCUCUUGAAAGUGUAAACACUUCUUAGCCCUUUAGUAUUUCAGCAUCAGUGGCGACUCGGGAAUUCUCAGACCAAAGCCUGUUUUUUCUCUGUGCUUUGUGACUGCCAGGGUGUGGCCCACACGGGGGGUGCACAGGGAGAUGUGAUGCCGUGUCUUCCACGGCUGCGUGUAUCUGUACAUACACAUUUACGUGUGUGGAUACAUUGUUUUUUCGUUUUAAUUUAAGGGUCAGUAUAAAAUAAGCUAUUGCAACACUGGUCUGAGAAUGCAAAAAGUCUCCCAAAGACAAGGUGGGAAAACCAUCUCCGUUAGCUUGUGGAUUUGGCACAGUAACCGAGGUAACAGAGCUGAGGAGGUGCCUGGUAAAUUGUGAAGGGCCACGUACAGGAAGAGAUGUUUGUGUUAAUGAAAGGAACCCGAGUCCUACACUUGGCUCAGCCCCAAAGCAGCUGUCUAUCUAUGGACAAGUUUCUCCAACUCCCUGGACCUCUGUUUUCCCCUGUUAACUCAGAGGGUUGAACUGGAUAGAAUUUCGUUGAUUCCCAAUUUAGACAGUUACAGGUCUUGUCAGGCAACUUAACAGGCUGGCUUUAAUUCCCUCUAGGAAAGGAGGUAAGAGUGAACAAUUUUUUUUUUGAGCUGUAAAGUAAGUAUAUGAUUUGGGGCAUUGCUCUCCUUGAAUUUCAGUUGAAUUCAUGUUCAAAUAAUCAUCUUUUGGGGGGCCGUCACCAUGCUAAGCCUGUGCUAUAGACUGAAAGUUUAGGCGUGGCUCCUAACCCCCAAUCACAGCCCUCAUGAGUGGGGUUAGCGCCCUUGUAACAGAGAUCCCAGAGAGCUCCCUUGUCCUUUCCACCAUGUGAGGACACGGGGAGGAGACCACUGUCUGUGAACCAGGAAGCCCGCCUUCACCAGACACAUCUGCUGGGGCCUUGAUCUUGGACCUCCCAGCCUCCAGACUGUGAGAAAUAAAUUUCUGUUUAUAAGCCA